AUGCAACACCGGUGCACAGCAGGCUGUAAUGCUGUAUUUGAGAAGAAAGCCGCGCAAAUUAGCCACAGCAAGUCGUGCGGCAAACGAAGGGCGCUGAAAGAGGAUCAGGAGCAAUGGGCGAAACGUACAGCCAGUUCCAAAGCUCUUCCAGAUACAGCCCCAGGCCAUGUUGUUGUUGACCCACCGAAGAAUCCUUGGGAGAACUUGUCCCCUCGCCCGUCCCAGACUCGUAAGACAUCGACAUCCAGGCAACCCGUGCCCAAUUUGCGCAUGAACGCCGAAGCAGGUUCAUCUCUCCGCUCCCGAGGGCAACCUCAACAAAGAUUGGACCCACCUUCCGACAUUCGAAUCGAGCAUCACGCAAAACGAAAGCGGGCACCGGAACACAUCACGACCGAUCAGUACAACCUACGCCGGCGACGUCCAGGUGCAAGUGCCAACACACGCGUUCCCCUCCCAUCUCUGACGUCGAAGUCCCCAUACUUCCCUUUCCAAACGGAUGCCGACUAUCGAUUUGCAAAACUCAUCUUUCGCUCCGCAAUGCGCGACGAUGAUGUGAAGGAACUGCUCUCCCUCAUCAACAAAUGUGUCGAUAGGAAGGAUACCCUCACGUUCAACGGGAGUCAGGCAAUCCACGAUGCUUGGAAGGAUGCCUCAUGCCUUGUAACUCCUGAAGAACCUCACAAGUACAAUGUCUGGGUGCGGUCUGUAUGGAAGUGGGCACUUGAACUGGUCGAGAACCCCAAACUAGCACCGGAGUUUGUUUGGGAGAGCGUGAAAAUGUUCAAGAAGAACGACGAUGAGAUGUGGGAGCGCUUUGUCACGGAGCCGUGGACAGGGGAUGACUGGGCAAAGAUCGAGGACAACUUACCUGACGACGGAGUACCUCUCUGUUUGAUCGUCUAUGCUGAUAAGACACAGCUCUCGUCGUUCGGGGGCAAGAAGGCGUACCCAGUGUAUGCCAAGAUUGCAAACCUCCCCGCUCAUAUAAGGAACGGGAAAGGUAUCGGUGGAGGUUGUGUGGUCGGAUGGCUUCCAAUCAUCCCAGAGAAGGACAAGAAAUCCAACCGAAGCACAGAAUGGAACACAUCUCAAAGGAUGGGGUUUACUACAAAUGCGGUGGAUGGGGUUGUCCGAAGGCUCUUCCCAUGUAUUCUGAUGCUCUCGGCCGACUAUGAAGAGCAGGCAGUGAUGGCUGGUAUACGUGGAUCAAAGACUAAGCAGUGCCCCGUGUGUCUGGUCGACGAGGACAACCUUGCAACAUUCUUUACCAACUGGGAAUAUCGAAAUGCGGAGACCACUCAAAAGCUGGUUGAUGUACUUGAAAGGCCUGAUGCACCAGAACGAGUCAAAGGCACUGCACGCAAGAAACUUCAGGAGCUGAACGUCCGACCGAUCAAGAAUGCUUUUGCAGAUAUCGCGAACUCGGACCCUCACCGUGCCCUGUCGUUUGACCGACUGCAUAAUUACCCUGGUGGGCUGGCAAAAACUCAUCUUCUGGCGAUGCUCUACGAAAUUUUCGAUCGUGGUCCUUAUUCAACACCGGAAGUGCAGAAACGAAUUAAUUCAAGGGCGAGCGCAGUUCCACGAUGGCCUGGACUGACUCAUUACGACAACAUCACAACUAAAAAAUCAUUUCAAGACUCGAACAAGUGGGAAGAUUUGGCGCGGCUCUUUCCAUUCAUUCUAUACGACGGUGUGAUUGAUAAAUCCGAUAAGCCAACCCUCCAGAUUCUGAGAUGCCUCCGCAUCUUCUUGAACCUCAAUGCAUUCUCGUCGUUCGAAGUUCAUACUGAGUCCACGGUGAAAGAGAUCGAGAAGGAACUUCAAGUGUUCUGCGAAGAGAUCAAGAAGCUUGGAGAUCUCUUCGAAGGCAAGAGCUGGUUAUUUCCGAAGAUGCAUCUUCAGAUGCAUCUUCCUGGAGACAUCUUUGCAAAAGGCGUAACACGGAACUACACGACCAAAACCUUUGAAACAAUGCACCGCGCGUUGAAGUUCUAUUAUCAGUAUAUGACUAAUUUCAAAGACGCAGACAAACAGAUUCUUAGCGCAGACCAACGUGGCCAGGUCAUAGACUUUAUUGACUCAAUUAUUGACGUUCAUCUUGAAGCACUCGAGGACGCCGAGGACUGCGCCGAUGAAGAACUUCAGCAUCGCUUCAGCUUCGGAAAUGUUACCCUCAAGGCACCUCAAGGACCUCGAAAGGCGCGCCCACUGGACCAAUUUGACUUCCACUACGAGGAAGAACUUGGAGAGCAUGCCCGCUUCUUUGAAGGGGUCAAUCUCAGCCAAUCGUUGAGCGACUUCUGCUCAUUGAAUGGGCUCGACAUUACCAUCCGCAACUCGACACUGGUUCGUUCAUUCCGCUCAAUGGAGGUAGUCUACACCUCGAAGGAGUCAUGGGACAUUGAACGCGACCUGCUUCGGUGCUCCCCCUCUUUUCAUGGUCGCCCUCGCUACGACUCGGUUAUUCUUCAGACAACCACAGGAGACAUCUUUGCUCGCCUACUCGCACUAUUCACCAUUCAAGCCCCCGGAACACCAGAUUCUGACGCCAUUCCAAUCGCAUUGGCCCUUCCAUAUACCGCACCAAUUCCUAGAAACCAGAGUGCAAAGGAUGCAGGUGCGGGGUUCUAUCGUGUCAGGAGGGCUGUUCAAACAGGUGCAGAGCUGUUUUUUGCGCGUUCUAUUGUCCGUGGUGCCGUUUUAAUCCCUGUGAAUGAGCAAGAAACCGAUUACCUAGUCUUCGAUGUCGUAGAUUCAGACAUGUUUCUCCGCGUUCGAGAGUUGCUUCGCAUGCUGAUCUAG